CCCAGGCUUCAGUCACGUGACUCUCAGGCGCCGGAACCUUUUUGCGGCCUCCCUCAGAAUCACGAGACCACCUUUGCUUCCACUCCAGCGCUGCUCCGCUGGCAGAUCCCUCCGCGGCCCACCCCUCUGUACCGCUUCCCACCGUCUAUCGUAUUGCCGUCCUGGGCGGACUCGAUGCGUUUGACGGAGCCCAGCCCUGGACCUUUAUUGGGGUGGACGGGAGAAGCGGGAGGCUCGUGGCGGAGGACUAUUUUUUAGAGGGGGAGACGGCGGAGGGAUCUCGGGGAGGACGCCAGCGAGGGAGGAAGGGCCAAGAUGGCGGCGCCCUGUGGGUUAGAAGAGUCCUGAGUGGUAAACAGCUGAGGGGAGGAGAAGGAAGGUUUGGUGAUCAUGAAAGGGCUCGGGCUGAUGACAGUGGAAAGUGAGAGUAUACUGGCCAGCACAACAGUUUGACAGGAGCACCAAUGAAGAACCUGCUGAGGUCUUGCCUGGCGCAAUCACAGUAGCAUGUACAAAAGCACGUAGCACAAAACAAGAAUGGCUCAGCAAGCAAAUGUAGGCGAUCUCCUCGCCAUGCUGGAUUCUCCCAACCUGGUUGUCCUGGAAGAUAUAACAGCUGCAUUUAAAGAGAACCUCAAUUCGGACCGUGGGCCCAUGCUUGUAAAUACCUUGGUAGAUUUCUACUUGGAAACCGGUUCCCAGCAAGCAUUGCACAUCCUGUCCACGCUUCAAGAGCCGCAUGAUAAGCACCUUUUGGAUAAAAUCAACGAAUACAUGAGCAAGCUUCCUACCCGCCUCCCUACUCUUUCACUACUGGGUCAUGUAGUACGGAAACAGCCUUCGUGGAAGCAUAAGCUUUCUCAAGCACCCCUCCUGCUUUCUUUGCUGAAGUGUCUCAAGACUGACACUGAUGUAGUGGUACUCAUCACCGGUGUGCUAGUGUUGAUAACGAUGCUGCCGAUGAUCCCCCAGUCCGGCAAGCAAUAUCUGCACGACUUCUUUGGCAUCUUUGGCCGCCUUUCAUCCUGGUGCCUGAAGAACCCAGGUCAUGUGGCAGAGAUCUACUUAGUUCACCUCCAUGCCAGUGUGUAUUCCCUCUUUCACCGCCUUUAUGGAAUGUACCCUUGCAACUUCGUUUCGUUUUUGCGCUCUCACUACAGUAUGAAGGAAAACUUGGAGACUUUUGAAGAGGUGGUCAAGCCAAUGAUGGAACAUGUGCGCAUCCAUCCAGAGCUAGUGACUGGAUCCAAGGAUCAUGAGCUGGACCCUCGAAGGUGGAAGAGGUUAGAAACCCACGAUGUUGUGAUCGAGUGUGCCAAAAUCUCCCUGGACCCAGCCGAAGCAUCCUACGAAAACGGCUACUGUUCAGUCCCCCAGCAUUCAUGUUCUCACUUGCAGCACCGCCCAGCCGACCCUGAUGGCAGCCCUUACGUCACUUCGUACGGUAGUGCUGGCAUGUCAACCUCUACCCCUUAUUCUGGCUCUCGGCUAAUGCACAUAUCAGGACAGCUACCUCAGAUUUUGAACCCUCAGUCCUCAUGUCUGUCAACUGAGCCUCUGCAGGUUAACUUCUGGAGCCCCUCUGCUGUCUGUGGCAUGACCACUCCCCCCACUUCCCCCGGAGUCGCUUUGGAGCCUUCGCACGCCUCGUCCCAGCCUUACAAGUUCUUUGGCACAUCCGCAGUUGGGAAAGGAACGCCCUCAGGAACGCCCGCCACCUCUCCCCCUCCAUUGUGCAUUUCAGACGAGUUUGUUCACGUUCCCGCUCCUUCCGCCGCUGCUGCACUUCCCAGGAAGGAGGACAGACUGGAUCACGGGAGGCCUUCCUUGCCCCGACAGCAAAACAUUGUCAUCAACAACAUGAAGACUUUAGACUCCCAUGGUAGUAAAAGUUCUGUAACUUUAAGCGAUCUUCCUGGCUUCUUGGGGGACUUGGCAGACUUGGAAGACAGCGUCGAGAAGGACAAAGAGGAAGACGCCAUAUCGAAAGAGAUCUCCGAGAUCACCACCGCAGAGGCUGAGCCCGUGGUGCCUCGGGGAGGGUUUGACUCUCCUUUUUACCAUUCCAACGAGAGUCUUUCCGGCUCCCAGAAGAAAUCCCAGUCGGCAGCCUCCAACGCGCAGGGGCCGAUCCUGAACUCGGAUCCCGUAACACCUUGCCUGGACCAAUCCGGGAUGGAGAACGCAAGGGAGACGCCUAAGCAAGCCUUCACGCCCAUCGACCGGCCCUGCCGAGACUCUGAGAAUCAUCCUGCUGGUAACAGGGGAAGCCAGGCCUCCGCAGAGACGAGCGUUUUCACCCCCAGCCCUUACAAGAUCCCGGCCCGCAGGAGAGCAGGGUUGGGGAGCGAGCAGCCUCCCCGUUACGAGCACCUCUUUGAGGUGGCUUUGCCAAAGACUGCCUGUCUCUUUGUCAGCAAAAAGACGGCGGAGCUGCUGAAGAGAGCCAAGGGAGGCCAAGAAGAAGACGGGGCUUCCUCCACCUCCCCAAUGGAAGUGCUGGACAGGCUCAUACAGCACGGCGCUGAUGCCCACAGCAAAGAGCUUAACAAAUUGCCCUUGCCAAGCAAAUCAGCUGACUGGACUCACUUUGGAGGUUCCCCCCCUUCCGAUGAGAUCCACACUCUGCGGAACCAGCUGCUCUUGCUCCACAACCAGCUGCUGUAUGAGCGCUUCAAAAGGCAGCAGCACGCGCUCCGGAACCGACGGCUCCUGCGGAAGGUGAUCAAAGCGGCGGCCCUGGAGGAGCACAAUGCGGCUAUGAAAGACCAGCUGCGGCUCCAGGAGAAGGACAUCCAGUCCUUGAAGGUCAGCCUGCAGAAGGAGCAGGGCAGGUACCGCCAGUUCCAAGAAGAGCACGACAGCGUUGUGGCUCGGCUCCACAGCCAGAUCCGCCAGCUGCAGCACGACCGGGAGGAGUAUUACAACCAGAGCCAGGAAUUGCAGACCAAGCUGGAGGACUGCUGCACCGUGAUCGCCGACUUGCGGUUAGAGUUGAAGAAGGCCAACAACAAGGUGUGCCACACGGAGCUGCUGUUGAGCCAGGUUUCUCAAAAGCUUUCUAACAGUGAGUCAGUCCAGCAGCAGAUGGAGUUCUUGAACAGGCAACUUCUGGUCCUCGGGGAGGUCAACGAGUUGUAUUUGGAGCAGCUACAGCACAAGCAUGCCGACACACCCAAGGAAGUAGAAGUCAUGCAGGCAGCCUUUCGGAAAGAUCUGGAAAAAGCCAAGUGUUACGUUCAGCAGCAGAACCAGCAGCUGGAGGCUUGUCAGAAACGGAUAGCUGAACUGGAAUCUCAGCUCACCAAGAGAGACCAUCUCUUACUGGAGCAGAAGAAAUACUUGGAGGAGGUUAAAGUUCAAGCUAGAGGCCAACUCCAAGCAGUGGAGAGUCGGUACAAGGCGCAGAAGAGGAUCACGCAAGCGUUUGAGCUGGAAAUCUUAGAUCUCUACGGCCGCCUCGAGAAUGACAAGUUGCAGAAAAGUCCUGCAGAUGUCAAAGUGGGGCCUGUUGAAAUAGCAGAGGAAAGUAGGCUACCUGAAAGCAGCGCAGACUCCAUCGCAGAACGCAUUGAAGAAACCGUCAGCAGGAACGGCGAAACCAAACCUUCCAGCGCUCGGGGGAGCAGCAGCAGCAGCAGCAAGGGCAGCAGCGAGGUCUCCACCCCCGAGAAGCCCCCCAAUCAGAGAGCCGGGCAGCUGAGCCGCUGGGAGGCCUCCGUGCUGCUGGACUCCUCCUCCUCCCCUCCCGGAGGCGGCCCGCUGAUGGUGGGCUCCCUCCCGAGCUCGGAAAGUUUCCUCGGGAUGAAGGUGCGGGAGCUCUUCCGCAACAAGAGCGAGAGCCGGUGCGAUGAGGACGGCGUGACCAUCAAUAGCCUUUGUGACACUUUAAAGACUGAGCUGUGUAAAGACCCCGGCAUGGAGGCAAGGGCUCCUCCCAGCCACGAGGACCCCGGCCCUUCGCACCGGAACCAGGAAAGCAGUGUUGGACAGCUUCAUAUAAUGGACUACAACGAAUCCCAGCUUGGCCACAGCUAAAUGGGAAAGAGAGUCCGAGAUCAGUGUUAACUUUUCAUUUUCUUGGCAUAGAACAGGGAGGCGUGAACGCACCUUUUAACUAAAAGCUUUCGUGUCUCGUUGGUCUAGAGCUGCCGGCUCGUGCCGCCGAAACUGGACCUGUGGACUUGGCUGAAUGAUUGUGGACUGGAUUGCAGGUCUGGAAGUGUCUAAGCUUGGUCUGGUCCUCCCAACCUUUAA